CUCAUGAAAUAUGUAAACAUGUACUGUUUGAAUUAUAAUUAAUAAUUAAAAGUGUGAAUUUCUGCACUCAAAAUGGAAUACAGUAAUGAAAGCUAUUCAAAUAUUAAAUGCUUUAAACUUAAUUUUGGUGAAGUAGAAGUAGGAGUUACAAAAAUUGAGUCAAUUAAAAUUGUUAAUCAAAGUAAUGAAAAACAAACAUAUGUUAUGCAAAGGGAUUCAAUAAGUAAUCCAUUAGAUUGUGUAUUUCACAUUGUAGAAUGUACUUGGACAUUAUCAGCUAAUGAAUCUUUCAUCUGUGAUGUCAGUUAUAGACCUAUUUUACCGAAUCGAAAAUAUAUUGAUUAUUUUUUUAUAACAGAUACUUACCAGUGUUGUUGUAAAGUCAUAGCUGAAGGAUAUUGUAUAGGCCCAAAAGUAACUAGUUCUAAAAGCAGAUUAAUAAUGGUUCAUGGAAAUGAAUUUUGCAAAACUACACAAAAAAUUAAAUUAAUAAAUCACUCAAAUAUUUCUGCAAAAUUUAUGUUUGAUACUGAUCUUGUACAAUGUCCUUUUAAAAUUAAUGAAAUUAGUGGAACUAUAAAAGCAUUAUCUAGUAAGUGUUUUACUAUUUCAUUUGAACCUACGGAUGUUGGAAUUUAUAAAUAUCAUUUGCCUUGUCUCAUUUUAGAUCAAAAUCCAAUUAUAUUAGAAUUAUAUGGUUUAUGUUAUUAUGAUUCAGAUAAAUCUUAUGUUGAGUCUUUUUAUUCAAAAAUUAAGAAUAUUAAUGAACUCGAUAUCACAAAUAAUUUUCAAAAUUAUAUGAGCGAUUUUACAUCUGUAAUUAAAAAUAAUGCACCUGCGAUUUCAUUAUCUUUAAGUUAUAUAGAUUUUGGACAAGCAAAAAUUGGUAAUAUACAUUUUGGAAAAAGAAGUUCUCAAACUGUUUGUUUAAGUAAUCAAAAUAAAUAUGAUGUCAUAGUCUUAUGGGAAAAAGAUACAUCAAAGACAUUCAGCAUUCAUCCUCAAAAAACAAAAUUAUGUAGUAAUCAAUCAAUCAUUUUUGAAGUCCGAUUUGAUCCAGUAAAUAUGCAAUGUGCUUAUUCAAAAGAUUUAAUAGCACGUAUAUUUCGAGUUCCUUAUUAUAUAACAAAUCCUCAAAUAUCUAACGACUUACUAAUGAGUGUAAUUCCUGAAUUCCUUUCCAUUCGUCUUAUUGGUCAUACUUACAGUAAUAAUUCUUAUAUUUCCAUAUACCAAUACGAAAUGCCAAAAACAGUAACAAUGCCUGCUUGUAUUCCUUCUUCACCUGUAUAUACAACAUUUAUAAUCAGAAAUUUUGGACACCAAUCACUUCUGUUUUGUUUUAUUUCUCCUACUAUUAGUCAUUACACCAUUAAACCAAUGGCUGGAGUUAUUAAUCACCAAAAAGAAUAUCAAUUAAUUGCCGUCCAGCUAUUUCCUGAAGUUGAGAGCGAUAAAGCGUAUGUCGAACGUUGGGCGUUGCGAUUAAACGGAAACAUUAAAAACGAAAUAUAUAUUGAUUUUCAUGGUUAUGCCGAAGAAGCAAAUCUCUCUCUCGGCGGUGAUUAUUCGAUAAUUUUUAAUCCAGUACAUAUAAACUGUGAAAAAAGGCAACCGGUAUGCAUACGCAACCCAACGCGACAUCGUAUAAGAUUCGAAUAUUUAAUAUGCGACUUUCCAAAGGAAUUACAAAUCGAACAAACGAAUGGAGUUUUAAAUCCAAAUGAAACAACUUUUCAUAAUUUCAUUUUUAGGCCUGACAAAUUAAAAAAUUACAACUUUGAUAUCCGUUGUCGAUUGAACACUGAAAUUAGUAAUAAACAUUCCAUUAUUAAAAUUGAUAUUUCUGGACAAAGUACUGAAGGUUUUCUCAUAGCAAUUCCAGAAUAUCUGAAUGUGGGCGAAGUAGGAUAUGAAGAGUCUUGUGAAAUGAAAUUUAAAAUUUUUAACUUCAGUUCCGUGACAAUACAUUUUUUAUUGAUAUGUGACUUCACAAGCAGCAUACAUAUAUUUAAAAAUUCAAUAAUCGAUAUCAAUGUUUUGCCAUCAUGUGGUACAAUCAGUCCAGGAAAAGGAAAAGAAAUUAAAGUUUUUUUAAUUCCUAGACAACCAGGAUUUCAUGAUUUAACUAUAAAGUAUUUCACUAAAACAAAUUAUUUAAUAGAUAAUUCCAAAUCUCUAACGGAAUCCAAAGUUCUUUGUAAACUUACCUAUACAUGUUACUUACCUACGUUACAGAUCAAAGAUUUGUUGUAUCAAGCUGAAACAAAUAAAGAAAUUAGUAAAAUUUUCCUUUGGAAAUCUUUAUCUAUCGAUCAUUUCAAUAAAGCAUUAAAAAAUUUAUUACCACUACAAGAAAUUACAAUAGACAUGGUUAUACCCUUGGUUACGCUAAAUGAACAUGAAAAGUUCAUUGUUAAACUUUUAGUGGUGAAUUUAAAUCCACUUAAAGCUUCUUGGUAUUUUAAGCAAAAAAAAACAUGUUUGUGUAAAGAACAAACUAAAAAAAAAAAAUAUUUGAAAAACCAAAACUCAGAUAAAAAUUGUGUUUAUUGUAUCCAUGAUCAGUCAUUUAUAAUUUAUCCUACAAAUUUAACAUUAAUGAAAAAUGAGACUGGUAUUCUUACGAUUAUAAUUAACAAUAUCUUGCCAUCCUAUGGCAUAUUGUGGGAUUUAAAUAUUGGAGAAGAAAGACAUAUUAUUUUGAAUAUAAAGCUUGAGACAUCCAUAAUUUUGUCUGGUCCACGUUUAAAAUUUAAUAAUAUAUUUAUUGGAAAAAGUACUUAUAUGCAUUAUCAGGCAGUGUGGCUAUAUAAUAAUAGUGAAUAUGAAAACAUUUAUAUGAUUGAAAUGAAAAAUAUACUUUUAUUUAAUAAAAACAAUUAUGGAAAAAUAUUUACAUGCUUAAAUCCACAAGGUAUUAUUCUUGGAUAUGCCCGUAAACCUGUACUCUUUGGAUUUCGCCCUAAUAAAUUUGGGAAAUAUAAUAUAACUGUUCUCGUAAAGGUAGGCGAAUGUGAAUCAAUGCUUAAUAUAGAAGCUGAAUCUACAUGUGUCCCAAAACAAAUAUUUGAUAAUAACCAAACAUGUCCACUUUCCGAUAUAUUUAGUGCUCCAGAAAUUAUUAUCUAUUUUAGUAAACAUUGUGCUAUAUUACCUCCAUUAUCGACUCAUGGAAAAAUAAUUAAAAUUUUUAUGAUUCAAAAUCAUCAUCAACAAAACACAUUUUAUUUUCAAUGGAAAAAUUAUGAACUGCCAGGAUUCGUAAAAAUUAAUAUAGAACCUGAAAGUGGUUUGAUACAACCACAGAGUUUAAUAACAUUUUUCAUUAAAUUAAUUAUUGGAUUUUAUGAAUAUUCAUUGGAUAUUGAUUUAUUCUGUGAUUUUUUGGAUGUUAGCGAACGUCGUUGUAUUGAAAAAAAAAAAAUUAAAAAGAAUAUUAUAAAACAAGUGGAAAGUGAAUUUUCUAUGACUAAACCAGGUCUAAUCAAUCCGAACGUAGCAUCUUUAAAAACAAUAAAAAAGCCAACGAGAUUCUGUAAAACAUUAACAUUGAAAAUGGAAACUUAUUAUUCGGAAAUUAUGGAUCAAAUAAUUGAUUUAACGCAACAACUGCAACAUAUACCAACUGAAGAAAUAAUGUCUCAAAUUUUUGAAUGUAUAAUUUGGGACAUUAUUAACAGUCAAUCUUUUCAACAUAUUAUAAAAGAAAAUUUGAAUGUGGUGCAUAAGCUAAAAUAUUCUCAGUUCUCGGUAAAUAUUAUAGAAAGAAAACAUCAAUUAGAAAGAAAUAAUAUAACACUAUCAAAAUUAUAUCUUGAAGACAUAUUGCAUACAAUAAUAUGUAUGAUUGUUCACGAAGAAUUUAAUCUUGGAAUUGCUCAUUUCUCACAUCCUCCUGAUGUUAGACAGAUAUAUGAAAAAAUAAAUACAGAAUCUCAUGAUUACUUAACUGGUUAUAAAUAA